AUGACCGAUUCCAUAAGCCACUCUUACCCAACCUUGGCUGCCAAUCCGCAUCUAUUAUCUCUCUUACUAUCAAUCGAACCCACUCAAGCAAAAAGCGUCGCAGCAAAACAAAAAAUCUAUGUUGACUCUUUAGUUGAUAUUACUGUGCAGGCAAUUCACACCAUUUGGCCUCAGCCAAUUGUAUCCCAUAAACCUGUCGCCAGCCUUACCACCUUUCUACGCCAUAUUCUCAAAUACUCUCGAACAACCCACUCGACCCUCCAACUCGCCAUCUUUUAUCUUUUCAGAGCCCGCACAAAGAUUCAAAAGAACAAACAAGACGGCGUUGCUUCUUGUGGCAGACGAAUGUUUCUCGCCGCCCUUAUCUGCGCCCACAAAUAUCUCCAGGACAAAACCUACAAAAAUGUGGCCUGGAGCAAGGUCAGUGGACUCAAGGUCGCACACGUAAAUGUGGCCGAAAAAACAAUGCUCCAAUUACUCGACUGGCAGUUGCACGUCAAGAAGGAAACCUACGACCAGUGGCUCUCGAUGCUUCAGACCCAUCUUGUGUAAAUCUUUUUCUUUUUUUUUUAUAUCCAAAAAGAAAAAGAAUAUUAUUUUACACACCCUUGUGUGUUUUUUUUUUUGAUUUUUUUAUAUAUAUACUUCUUUAUAUCAUAUAUAUAUAGAUAUGUUUAUGUAAAAAAAAAAUGAAAAAAGAAACACACGGCCACAAAAUAAAUACAAAAUAGUAAUUUUUUUAGUCGUUUAUUCAUCUCUCUUCUCUUCUCUUCUGUUUUCCUAUAUUAUAUAUUUUAUGUACAAUAUUAUCUCUUAUAACAAUAACCUUACCCCACAAAACACACCAACUCACCCUCCCCUCUCUUGAUCUCUCUUUUGAUUUCCUUCAAUUAUAUAUAUAUUUAUAUACAUAUAUCUUUAUAUUAAUAUUUUCAAAUUAUUCAUGUAUAAU